GACUACUCAGUUUCAUCCCAGUGGCGACAGGACAGCGAAAAGCGACAGCAGCGACAACAUGGUUUACGAGUCCGACUUCUACACUAGCCGCAGGCCCUACAGUCGGCCUACCAUCACCUCGUACUCCGUCACGCUUGUUCCACAUUACGGCGGCAUUGUACGGGCGACUCCAAUACACGUUGGGAACAACAUCCCUUACAUCGCCCACCAGAAGCUGACCCCCCACAUCGUCGCUGUUCCCGCCACCCGCACUCCCCGCUCCGUCAUCUGGGCCGAACUCGACCGUAUCAACCACCGCUCUCGCCCCCACCUCUCGUAUGUCCCCAAAGAGGACUUCUUAAACGACCAUUCUAUAGUGGAAUUUGGAGAUGAAGCUCGUCACAUCCGCGCCCAGACAAACUCCCUCCUACGGAGAAUCAACACGCCGGUUAUUCGGACUUCUCGCCCUCUUCCCAUCUCUCUGUCCAUCACAUACAAUCGUCCCGAGUUGGCAGUUCCUGAGCGGAUUACCUCAGACGACUACAUCAGUCGCAUGGUGGAGCCGAGCCGCAAUGUUCCCUACGACAUCAACGUGCUCUCCUACUACCCCGGUGUGGACCCCGUACCUACCAGAGUCAACAUCGGUCGGGGACACCUGGCGUGUGUGAGCUACGCAGGAGGAAGGGCCUACCCGCGCAGGCGGGAGAGGUACUCCGACAACAAGAGCAUCAAGGACGAGAUCACCUUCCGGUCUUAUUAUAAAGCCCUCGACAAACCGGGCCAGGAUUCCGAAAUUGAGAAGUGGAUGUUGCCCCACAUGGAUUACCGCCACGGACGUGAGAUCCGCAAGUACCAACACACGCUGUCUGCGCCACAAGUAGACUCGGUGAGCCUUUUCGUCUUACUCUACUCGGCCAGAAGCCAUCUGCCGGGCUUUAAAGGGGGGGAACGCAUCAAAAUGCCAUACCCAAAAGGAGAAGGUAACUCUGACCAGAGAGGACUACCUUUGACUAUGCCAAAGAGGACUAAGGAGGACGAUGAAGCGAUGGAAAAGAAACGCCAAGCUGAAAAGGAAGAAGGUAGAAGAGAGUGGAAGAAGGAACAAGAUCGUCUGGCCGCAGAGAGAAAAAAGGCUGAAGAAGAGAGGCUUGCAGAAUUGGCUCGUAUCGAGGCCGAACGUCGUGCAGAAGAAGAAAGAUUGGCUGAAGAGGCACGUCUUGCUGAAGAGGCAAGACUGGCUGAAGAAGCGAGAUUGGCCGAGGAGGCAAGAUUAGCUGAAGAAGCAAGAUUGGCUGAAGAAGCUCGAAUCGCUGAAGAGAAGAGGAAGGCUGAAGAAAAAAAGAAAGCUGCAGAAGCGGCACGCAAGGCUGAAGAGGCUAGGAAGGCCGAAGAAGCCAGAAAAGCUGAAGAAGCCAGAAAAGCCGAAGAGGCUCGUAAAGCUGAAGAAGCUAGAAAGGCUGAGGAAGCUCGUCUUGCGGAAGAAGCUCGUAAAGCUGAGGAAGCAAGGUUAGCAGAAGAAGCAAGAUUGGCUGAAGAGGCUAAGAAAGCUGAAGAAGAGGCUGCGGCUGCAGCAGCCGCCGCCGCCGCGGCAGAAGCUCCUCCAGCAGAAGCACCUGCUGAACCUGCUCCAACUGAGGGAGAGGCUGCUCCAGCAUCAGAAGCACCUGCUGCAGAAGAUGCUGCUCCUGCUGAAGCACCAGCAGAAGGAACUGAACCUGCCCCAGAAGGGGAGACACCUGCAGAAACCCCGGCAGAUCCACAGCCCAUCGUUGAAGAACCUGUGACACCCGAAGUUCCAAAUGCUGAAACGCCAGCAGAAUAAUUGAAUUUUAUAAUUCAUUGGACUAAUUUUACUUCAUAAUUACAUUAAUUUGUAAGAUAUACAAGUGGAACAUUUUACAAAUCUUCAAUGUGCCAUCUUGUCUAAAGUAAUUUUAGCUCAUACAAAACUGUACAUCUUUCCUAUUAUCAUCUAAGACUUUAAACGUAAACCAUCUUUUUCCACUUUGUAACAUCACUGCCCUUUCAUUCGUGACUAUCUAUUCAUGAUUUAUUACUUUGUUACUGAAUGUCUUAAAUAUGUUGCUAUACCGUACUCAGAUAUUAAUGUUUACAUCUUCAGGAUAAGUAAAUACAAAGUUUCAUACCGAUUGAUAGAUUUUGUUUAAAUUAGUGUAUUUUCUCAAUUAAAUAAACAUAAUCGUUUUCAAUCAAAACCUUUUUAAAUUGUAAUUAAUUGUUAAUAAAACAUCUUUGACCACUA